GCGAUAAUAGGGUAACGAUGGAAAAUCAAAAAGUAAAUCGAAAAAGAGGAAAAGUCAAACUCAAUCAAGUAAAAUUGAAAAUACAACAAUUGAAUCUCAACCCAUGGAUGCUAUGUUUGAUUGAUGGAAAAUCAAAAAGUAAAUCGAAAAAGAAGAAAAGUCAAACUCAAUCAAGUAAAAUUGAAAAUACAACGAUUGAAUCUCAACCUAUGGAUGCUAUGUUUGAUUCCGGUGAAUGGAAAACCGUUAGUACGAAGGAACAGCGAGAGCGACAGAAGCGAGAGAAACGUAAAUUGCAAGCAGAUGUUGCUGUUGCCGUGGAAACCGCAGACAAAGCUAGUCUCGUACCUCUUGUCCAGCCUGUUUAUAAACCGACACCUAAUAUAUCUGCAAUUGCUAAAGUCCUGCUGGUUACGACACCCUGUUUGCAAUGAGUAGAAGAAGCAUUGAAAAUCCCGAUACCAAUCUGACAACUGUGAAAGAGAAUUCGAAAUCAAAAGCCAUUGUCGAUGGAGCUGUUGGAGAGACAUGGUCGAUGGAGGUUCAACAAAAUUUAGUUGAAGAAAUUGAAUGUUGCUUGAUGGUAGGAAGGAAAUCCAAAGCAAACUUUUGCUUACGCACUCUUAAAUUAAUGAUGACGUCACCGAGUGGGCCAUGUACGGAUGACGUCAUGAAAACAUGUGACGAUUACGUAGAUAGCUCAUCUUAUAUUAGAGCUUUAAUCUUACUACAAUGUGUUUCAAAUUUGUAUAAAAUUGAUGCUGAUCCGACCAAGGCGAUCCGAGGAAUCAAUGAGUGCAAUCACAAAAUUAUGCAAAUUAUUGGAAGACUAGUACAGCAAGGCGGAAGCAUGUUACCAAUAGCUAGGAGUUUUGGAAUUGGGUGUAUUAAGGAACUUCUGUAUGACUUGAGAAGUAUCACUGGGAUAGAUGUAUCUAUCAAAGUACUUUAUGAAGCAUGUAGGAGAUGAUGCGAUGAUGUAGGAGAAUAUAAAAAAGCGAUUGAAUUUUUUUAAAGAAGGAAUGAAUAUACUUAGCGAACAGUUUAAAUCCGAUGCCAACAAAUAUAGAGUGUUUGGAGAUUUGCAUAAUAAUUUUGGAAUCUCAUUAUAACAUUGGAAACAGCGAAGAAGCCAAAAAAUUCUAUUUAAUAGCCUUAGAAUGUUACAAAGAAGCUAACGAUUGGAAGAAUGUUGAUAUAAAAGAGGAAGAAAUAAGUUGAAAAUGGUAGAGGAACUCGUUGGAAAGAAAAAUGCCUAAGAACCAUACGGAUAUAUAAUGUCAAGUAGUUUGAAUAUUCGAUUCGAAAUGCCCAGCCUUAAUUAUGAGUUCGGGAACUGUCUGUGUUUGCCAAGUGAAUAUAUCCUCUGCCCAUAAGUUUCAGUCCCUUUACCCAACUUGAUGUAAAGUAGGCGAACAAAAUUAGUCACCACCAUAUUGGCACACAUAAUUCUGGAGGUUAAUUUUUUCCAUGUGCUGAGAUUGGGUAAAGCAGUGAUUUCCAAUCUUUUUCGUUGAAUUCCUCCCUUCGCGUAUUUUAGAAUUCUGUUUCCCCCUCACUAUGCAUGAGAAACUACUUUAUUUGUUUAUAUUCAAAGCUCUUUAUCUGGUGUUAUGCACGAAUCGCGCUUCCGCUUUUUUACAGUUUACGGUGAGUAGUUUUUGAUAUGUGCACAAUUGAGUAUUAUAGUAAUAACAAAGAACUGAAGUUAGGAAUACUGCAGCAAAUGCAAAAUUCCUUCCCAAAAAGGACGGAGUCCUCUCCCGGUUGGGGAAACGUAGUCACAAAGAGUUUUAAUUCAUAGUUGGAAACGAAGAGAAUCCAAGGAUAUUUUUGCUAAACUGUUGAGGUGUUGUGCUUUUAUCCGCUGUUAAUGGACCAACCAAUUUUAGUUACUUAAAAUAUGUAAGAGUCCUUGAAAGCGAUCAAGAUAUAUUUCUUUCAAUUUAUCCUUGAGUCCUAGAGCAUCCGAUAUAUAUUUUCAUUAUAUAUAUAUAUAUAUCAAUAAAAAGCACUUCGCAUUGAACACAUUUCAAAUAUUGCAAAUGCAAAAACAAAUAUUAAUCACGAAUCAAUAAUGAACCGUACGAUAUUUUACUAAAAAUUAUUCUCACUCUAUAUGACUUACGGUAAAUCCACUCUUUCAUGCGGCAUUCGGUAUCACUCUUUUGUAACUUAACUCUUAUUCCUGAUACAGGAUCGCGUUUGUCGUUUCACCAUCAUGUAUAUGCAUUUGAGCAUUGCUCUCUUCUUUAUAUUGUAAUUUAAUUGCAGUACUGACUCAUGUUAUCGACAUUUUAAAACAAAUAUCUGAAUAUUCUAAUUAUUCAAAGCAAGCGAUUGGAUUCUGAAUAUUGUACGCUCGGAGUAAAAGCUUUUAGGGUAAGCUUUCAAACUCAUCGCGUGAGAGAGAAAUGUGUUCUAGAUAUGACAGGGUAUAUACAUUAUAGCAGGGGUCCGCAACUACUUUUUAGCGCGACCCCAAAAAAAUUUUCUAACUUCUCGCGACCCUAGCAUUUGGUAAACAUGUAAUUAGUUAUCGAUUUUAAGACUAUUGUCGACACUAG